AGACAGCAUUUCGGAGUUUUCACAAUCUCUACAACUCCGACAUCCCUAGCUGAUGCGACGCACCUCAGUGAGCAAUCGCAGCAAUGGCUGACCUUGCCAUGGCCGACGUGCCACCAAUCGAUCCCUCUGCCCCCUUUUCCCUGCGACCGCGCUUUAAGAUCUCCGACCUUCCGCUCAAUAAGGACCAACGAACAACGAUUGAUGCGUUGCUCCUCAAAGUCAAGAAGCAAGGCGGUUACGAUAGCCUGCGAAAACAGGUCUGGGCCUCUUACAAUACAUCUGAUGCAAAGACUGCUCUUACAGACCAAAUACAUGCAAUCGCAGAAGCCGAAAUCGAGAAAAAUCCUAAUCUACUAAGCCGAGAACGAGGCAAGGCAGCUACAUUGAUACAAGGUGCUGUCGACCGAAGCGGUAUUUAUCAGGAUGUGGAAUCUAGGAUUGACACCGAAAUCGCAAAACAUCUCAGUACCGUGCUGGAUGCGGUGCGAGAGAUUCGAAGAGCAGAUGUAGGACCAGGGGUAGCAGCUGAAGAAGAGCAACGUGGCAGUAAGACGGAUGAACAAUACAAAGCCGAAACAGAGAAUCGGGCUGCGGAAAGGGAGAAGAAUCGAUCUCGCAUGGAACAACUCCUCCGUGAAACUGCGGAAUUGAAGGCGAAGAUCAAACAGGAAGAGGAGAGAAAACGGAAGAAGGAGGAAGCCAAGAAAGAAGAAGAGGAGAGGCUGAAACGCGAGGCUGAAGAGGAGGAACGAAAAGCUGCUCGGGCCAAGAGACGGGAAGAGGAAGAGAAGCGGGAAGCUGACAGGAUCAAGGCAAGAGAUGAGAGACACAGAAAGCGUGAGGAGGAGCGAAAAGAACGUGAGGCCCGGUAUGAGAGAGAGCGAGAGCGUGAGAGGGAGAGAGAUCGUGAACGCGACCGUGACCGCGAUCGACAUCGAGAGAAAGACCACGAGCGUGAUCGUGACCGGGUUCGAGACAAGGAUACCGAACGCGAUGGUGAUAGGGGUCGCGAUCAUCGCAGAAGCAUUGAUCGACGGGGUUCACGUGCAGAAUCGACGCACACAAAAGACAUCAAAGUCGAUGAAAAAGAUCUUGAGGCUGCAGCACUUGAACUACUCUUGAUCGAGGGGAAGAAAUUGGCCGAGAAGUCCAAGCAGAGGCCUGAGUACGACUUCGAAAAAGCCGAGCUCCACGAUGCCUCUCGCCGGCAUGCCGCAUCCGACCGCUUUUCCAGACGACGCGAACGGUCACGGGAUAGCUACAGAAAGGAUCAUGAUCGCCGUAGCAGGUCGCGUGACAGACGAGCUUCCAUCCAAGAAAAGGAAAAAAUCCCAGACAAGGAGAAGACGCGGACACCGAGCAAGGAUCGUGAAGAGGGCGAAGCACGCAGUCAGAAAGAUUCUCCCGAGCCGGACCUGGAGAAGCCCAGGGCACGACGGCCUCGAUCCGCGUCACCAGUGGGCAUCGAUCGUUAUGUUCCGGGAGGAGGCGUUCAUCGUUCGCGAGAUGAACGCGAGCGUGAGCGCGAACCACGCAGGACUCGAGAACCCGACAAAGAUCGUGAGCGAGAACCGAGGAGGAAGUACGACAGUCAUCGGGGCGACACGGAUCGGGACCGUGAUCGAGAUCGCGACAGGGACAAGGAUCGUGUGCGCGACGACGAUCGUAAAGAUCGUGACCGUGAUCGGGACAGAGACGGGGAUAAAGACAAGGAGAAGGAGAGGAACAGAAGCAGAGAGCGGGACCGAGAUCGAGACCGCGACCGAGAACGAGACAAGAGCAGAGAUAGGGACCGAGACCGCGGCGACAAGUACCGGGACAGAGACCGCGAGCGAGAUCGAAGCAGAGACCGAGAUAGGGAUAGGGACAGAGACCGAGAUCGUGACAGGCCUAGGGAGAGGGAUCGGGACAGGCGAGAACGAAGUCCACGACGCCGUGAGGACCGACGUGAUGAUGACCGCAGAGACGACAGGAAGGACGAUAGGCGAGAUGAUCGGAGAGACGGCCGGCGAGAUGAUCGCAGAGACAGUCGGCGGGACCGGGACAGAAGUGACGCUCGUCGAGAUCGAGACCCGGUUCAGAUUGAUCGCUAUGUACCUGGCCGGUAAACGACACCGAGGGUCACUAAGCAACUGUCACCAUCACAUGGAGACUCACGCAGGGGCAUGAAGCCGUAAGGUUGUAAGAUGUUGGAAAACAAGGUUUUCGGCUGUUGGUAUUAUGAGACUGUAUAGUGUAGGAAGUCAUAUCGGACAAGCUCAGCUCGAACGCCUUCAUAGCUGUACAUAAUCCCGCUUUUAAAGCAGCAUUGUUUGCCUCAUGU